AUGCUGUCUGAUCAUCCAACUUCUUCGACUACACAACAGCCCUUUUCGAGCCCCCAGCCAGCCCCCAUACAGCAAGCCGCAUCACCCCCAACGAAGCAGAGUUUGAAGAGCUGGUGGAAGACAUUUCGGCCUCCUGCUAGGACUCAGGAACCCAGUACUGGUAAAGACCCCCCAAAGUUUCUUUUGUUGAAGGCCCAGAAACAGAGUGAGGAUCUGGGCCAUUCUCUCUAUGCCAAUUUUGUUUCCAAUCUGCCGAGAAAUUUGGAUCCUCUGUUCAAGGAGAAUCCAAUGGACAACAAUGCAUCGAUAGUAGACGGUAUUCCAGAGUUUGCGACAGAUAUAAUACCAGAAGCAGACGAAUUAGCGACAAAGACACAAUCAAGCACAACAAUUUUCACAGGACAUGCAACGUCUCUUCACGAGUAUAAGUCUAGGAGUCUUCUCUGGCCGUCAUCUUCCAGUUUAGUGUCUGGAAAACAUAUUUUGACGGACAAUUCUCAGCUCAAUUCCAACUAUGAAACCAGACACCCCCAGUCAACAAGUGGUAUAAAACGAAGAAAGAGAAGUUCUUUCAGCAAAAAACUGUCCAAGGACAUAGCAGCUAAGCAGCGUUCCAAAAUCCGUGUUCAAAACAAUCAUAGCCAUUAUAUAAAGCAGCAAAGCACCAACUCUCUAAGCAGAAGUCAACAAUUGCUAAACUUCUGUCGUUGUCAUCACAUAAAAUUCAGCUUGUUAAAAUUGGUAACAAUGAUAAAAUCAAAACUGACAAAAGAAACUCCAGAAUCCCAACCAACAGGUAUAUUUGGUGUACCUUUGCGACAGAGUAUCGCAUAUGCAAAUGUCGCUAUCUCUCUCGUCGAUGCCCAAGGACAAAGCUACAUAUAUGGUUAUGUACCAAUAGUGGUUGCAAAGUGUGGAGUUUAUUUGAAAGAGAAAGGUAUGUUUCUUGAAUGGAUGUGUUAUUUUGAUGUCUGGCUGACAACUAUCCGAACAGCAACCAAUGUUGAGGGAAUCUUCCGGCUCAGUGGCUCGGAAAAGCGCAUUAAAGAAUUAAAAACAAUUUUUGAUUCUCCUGAUCGUUAUGGAAAGGGCCUUGAUUGGGCUGGGUACACAGUUCAUGAUGCGGCAAACGUGUUACGAAGAUAUCUUAAUUUACUACCAGAACCAAUUGUUCCACUUGACUUAUAUGCGCGAUUUAGAGAGCCUUUAAGAGGUCAUACUAUGGCGGCAGUUGGCGAUAGUGAUGGUAGCCCCCAAUUUUCUGACAAUUUCGAUGUCAAUAAGGCCAUCAUUACUUAUCAGCAACUGAUCACCGAAUUACCCCCAUUGAAUCGUCAGUUAUUAUUAUACAUUCUCGAUCUUCUAGCAGUUUUUGCCUCAAAAUCGGAUGAAAAUAGAAUGACAGCAGUCAACCUCGCAGCCAUCUUCCAGCCCGGUAUGCUUUCACACCCGGAACAUGACAUGGCACCUGCAGAAUAUCGUCUUAGUCAAGACGUACUAAUUUUCUUGAUUGAGAAUCAAGAUCAUUUCUUAAUUGGGAUGAGAGGUACAGCAGCGGAUGAGCAGACUUUGAAUGAGGUUGAGCACGGCACCCCUCCUCCAGGAACUCCCACUACACCUGGUAGAUCGAAGACCGCAAUUGGACGAUCCGCCUCAAAUGCUAGCGCUGGAGCCGAUAGUGUGCGCAAGUUCGGUGGCAUUCGACGUAAUGUGUCUGUCUCGUCCCGUCAUUCGCGACAGUCAAAUGGUGCGCCUAGCCCGGCAAGUCCAGCUUAUGGUAUUGCACUUACUUCUUCAUCCAGCGGUGGUGUUCAUAGAAGCAACACUGUACCUUCAAAGAAAUCUCCUGGAUUGCCAUCAUCUCGAAUGAACAAAAAUACUGGCCCACCUUCACCAUCUCCAGUUGGCCUAAUCGCCAAUCGUUCUAACGGACCUCGAGGUCUUUCACCUGCGCUUCCUCCAUCUCCUGGUCAUCUAUCGCCGUCUCCAGCUUUAGCACUCAAUACGACUACCGAACCAAGUCUCGCCGAUUCCGGCCAUACUGUGACCAGCCAGGAGCGCCUGAUUCCUGAAUCAAAUGAGCGCUCUCCUGAGGUCUCUACUCCUUCUAGAAUUGUCUCCAACCUGUUUCAGCGAUCACCUACGGAAAGUACCGAUAGACGACAACCUAACAAGCUAAGGAAGAAGCGUGUUCCAGGAAGCUCAAAUCUUAGCGCUCAGAGCUCGACAAAUUCUUUGAAUGGGCGAUCAUCUUCAAUCUCCCCGGGCCUCCAUGCAUCUCGCGGUAACUCGGAUCAUGCAGAGCAUCCUCACCUGGAACAUUUGUCGACAUUAAACCCGAUAUUGUCUAAUACUCAAGCCACACCUCCCGCUACAGAAACCCCGCGUGCUGAACAACCCCCUCAUUUUACACCUAUGCGACCAGAGGAUCCUCACCACCCAUCCGAUAGAACCUUGCGCCCAGUCAUAUCACCUGUGUCUUCCUUACAUUCUCACUCAUCUUUCAAUGAUCAAUCGGAUCUUGAUCAUGGAGAAGAUCCUGCUCUUGCCGAGGCAAGAGAAAGACGUUCAAUGUGGCGUCUUUCGCGGCGCAGGGAUGACUCAAAUACACUCGGCGCUACACUAAGCCCAAACAAAAACGGGUCAGAUAGUGGUGCCGGUGCGAGUUCAAGUUCCGUAGGCAGCUCAGGCAGACCUCGAAAGAGUUUUACUGGCGAUACUGUACCUGUCGGCCCUGACUCGGGAUUACCUCACGCACAAAUCACGUCCAGCAAUGACAGUGGAUCUGUCGCGCCCGAGGAGAGAAGAGGACCCCUAGGGUGGAUCAAAAGCAAGAUGCGAGAGAAGCGGGAUGAGAGUCGGGAGAAGGAUGCUGAGCGAGAACGUAAUAAGAGUCCGCCCGGGGACCGCCCCUCUAACAUCAGUUCUUCGGCCCUAGCCCCGCGGGGCAAGAGCAUAGACGUCAAUAGAGGAGAAGAAUCUGAGCGUCUCAACGGGAGAGAACAUAAUUUAUCCCAAUAA